CCGGGCCGGUCUGUAAUUCUUAGACCGUCGGGGAGUGCACCGAGCGAGCCAUCAAAAAGGCUCGCGCUAGGUGCCGUUCGGAGGGGCAAUCCAGUUACCGAAACCCCCUUCUCUGAUAGCUACGAUUCACGUUUCGAGAACCGGGGGGUUCUGCGGCUCGUCGUCACUGUUGCGGCGACCGGGACUGGGAGUGAAGGGGCGUCGGCAGAGGAACAGGGGCAACUACCAAUGGUGGGGGCUCCAUAUUCGCAGAAAUGGGGUUACAUUCGGAUCAUUACUGGGACUAUCCUCGGCGGCGUUCUUGGUUUCUACGUCAUGCACCGCGUCGAAAUCAGCUACAAGGAGAAGAUGAAGGAGAGAUUGCGGCAGUAUGAGAUGGAAAUGAAGAAGAAGCAGCAGCAACAGACGAUGACUGAACUUGAAGAUUCUGCUUAGAGCAAGUAGUGAGUGAGUUUCUCUCCUGUCCCGGAAUUUCUUUCUGUUAAAGAGAAAUGCCACAGUUGAUGAAUGGGGCCAAUCUACUUGAUUCAUUCUUAGUUUGUGAUCACUAAUAUGCAUGAUGAUCUUUGGUGUCAACCCCACAAUCAGUUGAGGGUGAAGCAGAAAUAGUUACUGCUCUAUUCUCAUCAAGGAGGGCUUUGAGGGACGAAAUUAUGCCAUUACAUCUUCCGGCGAGCUCCACACGAACUGAACAACACAAGCAUGUGGUUCAGAAAGCUGCACAAUCUUGUCCUUGCUUUGGGGGCAGCUCUAUGGAGAAAUGUCUAUAUUGUCGUCUCUUCUAGCAGAGAUGGUCACGGACUCCAGCCUGUCUAGAAAGUAAUUGUGUGAACAUGCGAAUUCAGCUAUUGCUGGAGCUCAACAAAAAUCUCACAGUUGACCAUGUUCAGUCCAUUGUAGCUUGCAUUUUGGUGAAUCUGCUCUGUUCUGAUGACCAGAACUCAGAGCUCCUGCCUGGUAAGCAUAAUUUCUGCAUCAUCUGUGCUGAUUAUGUGCAAACAUUGUGGAGAGUUGGCAAUGCGCUCCAGGAUUGUUUGAUAAUUUUGUCCGUGUGGAGAAAAGUGCAACGUAUUAGUAGGCGGAUUAGUACUCGAUGCUUUUGAUGGUGGUUCAGUAACGAGUCGAUCGAAGGGCUCUUGUUC